CGGCUACAAGACACGGACCAGCUUCAUACUAACGCAGCCCCACGGCUGAAGAGCAAAGUCUAAGAACUCCGAUUUAUCGACGACGACGAAAAGCUCCAGUCAUGGCCAUGACCUGCCGCCUCCUCUGUCGAUCCAAAAAGUUGUAUGCUGGUCAAACCUUCUUGCAACAACAUCAUGCUAUACCACUCCGGCUUUUUGCCAAAGAAGCUGGCCCACCUUCAAUGCCUCCUCUCAAGGGAGAUGAGAUGUUGAAGGGCAUCUUUUAUGAGGUGAAGAAUAAGUUUGAUACUGCUCUUGGAAUACUAAGGAAAGAAAAGAUCACAAUUGAUCCUGAUGAUCCUGCCGCGGUGUCUCACUAUGCUAACGUUAUGAAGACUGUAAGAGAAAAGGCUGGACUAUUCUCAGAGUCACAACGGGUGAAGUACACUAUUGAACAGCGAACACAAGAAAUUCCUGAUGCUCGGACAUAUCUAUUGACCCUUCAAGAGAUUCGAGCGAAGAGUGGACUCACUGAUGAUUUGGGUGUUGAGCCCGUGAUGAUUGAAGCACUGGAGAAGGUUGAAAAAGAGAUUAAGAAACCUCUUUUAAGAUCUGACAAGAAGAACAUGGCUCUUCUUUUGGCUGAGUUUGAUAAGAUCAACAAAAAACUUGGAAUUUGGAAGGAAAAUCUUGCAAAGUACGAGGAAGAGGUGGAGCUUAAAAUUGCAAAAGAACAGUUGACAGAGUUAAAGAAGGAUGCUUUGGAGGCCAUGGAAACUCAACUGAAGAGGGAGGAAUUCAAGGAUGAGGAAAUGGUUGAUGUCAAGUCAUUGGACAUUCGGAACUUCAUUUAAGAACUUCAUCUUGUAUGCUACAUCUUCAAGUUCUCAUUGUCUCAGUUUUCCAUUUGCCAAUUUGGACCAGUUUUGGAUCCUUUUAUGCCAACCAAGUUCUGCUAUGGGCACAGGUACUGGCAAGUUUGGUUCAGCCUGUAAUAAUCUGUGAUGCAAAGCAAAUUGCGCACUCUUGUGUCUUAUUUGAUUGUUUUAAUAAACUAUUUGUCACAAAGUGUUGAUUUAUCACUGAGAAGGGGUGUAAAUGAGUCAAGCUACUCGGUUCGGUCUGUGCUCAAAUUCGAUUUGACUUUUCACGAGCUGAGCUCGAGUUAUUCAUUUAAUUUGGCGAGCUGAGCUCGAGCCUAAAAA